AGGGGCUAUUGCAGACGUCAUCAAUCCGACACUUGCCAACAUGGAAGGUGGAGAUACUGCUGUUUCCGUGGCAGGCCGUGGGGCUCCGGGUUCCGCAGCAGUGGUCGUGACCGUGCGGGAGCUCCUUCAGGACGACUGUUAUAGUGACUUUUUAAAUGAAGACUUCGAUGUAAAAGCUUAUACUUCUCAAUCUAUUCAUCAAGCGGUAAUUGCUGAGCAACUAGCAAAACUUGCCCAAGGGAUCAGUCAGUUGGAUAAAGAACUACACCUACAGGUUGUUGCCAGACAUGAAGAUUUACUGGCACAAGCAACUGGGAUUGAGUCGUUGGAAGGUGUUCUUCAGAUGAUGCAGACAAGAAUUGGAGCUUUACAAGGAGCUGUUGAUAGGAUGAAAUCAAAAAUUGUUGAGCCAUAUAAUAAAAUAGUAGCCCGUACUGCACAACUAGCAAGACUUCAGGUUGCCUGUGAUUUGCUUCGGAGAAUAAUUCGCAUCUUAUAUCUCAGUAAGAGACUCCAGGGACAACUGCAAGGAGGAAGUAGAGAGAUAACCAAAGCUGCUCAGAGUCUCAAUGAACUUGAUUAUCUUUCACAAGGAAUAGAUCUUUCUGGAAUAGAAGUAAUAGAAAAUGAUCUACUCUUUAUUGCAAGAGCACGACUUGAAGUGGAAAAUCAAGCUAAGCGUCUGCUGGAGCAGGGUGUGGAGACCCAGAAUCCAACUCAAGUUGGAACAGCUCUUCAGGUUUUCCAUAAUCUGGGGACUUUGAAGGACACUGUUACCAAUGUUGUGGAUGGUUAUUGUGCUGCUUUGGAAGACAGUAUCAACAAUGCAUUGGAUGUCAAAAUUUUGACUCAGCCUUCCCAGUCAUCUGUGAGAGGAGGCCCUGGGCGAGCUACCAUGCCAACUCCAGGAAACACAGCAGCUUUUCGUGCUUCCCUCUGGACUAACAUGGAAAAACUUAUGGACCAUAUCUGUGCUGCUUGUGGACAGGUACAGCAUCUACAAAAAGUAUUAACCAAGAAGAGAGAUCCUGUUUCUCACAUUUGUUUUAUUGAAGAAAUAGUUAAGGAUGGACAGCCUGAAAUUUUGUACAUGUUUUGGAGUGCAGUUACCCAGGCACUUUCUUCUCACUUUCAUGCAGCAACAAACUCUUCUAUGUUUUUGAAACAGGCAUUUGAAGGAGAAUACCCUAAACUAUUACGUCUUUAUAAUGACUUAUGGAAGCGUCUUCAGCAGUACAGUCAAAAUAUCCAAGGAAAUUUCAGUACAAGUGGAACUGCUGACCUUUUUGUUGACCUCCCACACAUGGAAGAUGAUACACAAGACAUGUUCAUACUGAAAAGGCCAGAUUAUGAUCCAGAAAAGGCUUUGAAAGAUUCACUGCAACCCUAUGAGGCUGCUUAUCUCUCAAAAUCCCUAUCGAGACUCUUUGAUCCCAUCAACUUGGUUUUUCCCCCUGGUGGGCGUAAUCCUCCUUCCUCUGAUGAGCUUGAUGGCAUCAUUAAAACUAUAGCAAGUGAACUCAAUGUAGCUGCUGUUGAUGCAAACCUCACAUUAGCUGUAUCAAAAAAUGUGGCAAAGACUAUCCAGUUAUAUGGUGUGAAAUCAGAGCAGCUUCUCUCUACUCAAGGAGAUGCAAGCCAGGUGAUUGGGCCUCUCACUGAAGGACAGAAGAGAAAUGUAGGAGUGGUGAAUUCACUGUUUAAGUUGCACCAAGCAGUAACAAAGGUGGUUGCUAGUCAGAGCUCCUUCUCAUCAGCAGCUGAGCAAACUAUAAUGUCAGCCUUAAAGACGAUUCACGCUCUUAUGGGGAAUGCCAUACAGCCUUUACUGACUUCAGUGGCAGAUGCGAUCGAGGCCAUAAUCAUCACCAUGCAUCAGGAAGAUUUUUCUGGGUCAUUAUCCAGCUCAGGAAAGCCUGAUAUUCCUUGUUCUCUAUACAUGAAAGAGCUGCAAGGUUUCAUUGCCAGAGCUGUGACUGACUACUUUAAGCACUUUGAGUGUCUGGAUUUUGUCUUUGACAACACUGAAGCUAUUGCCCACAGAGCCAUCGAACUUUUCAUCCGCAAUGCCAGUCUCGUAAGGCCUCUUGGUGAAGGUGGGAAAAUGCGACUUGCUACUGAUUUUGCACAGAUGGAGCUGGCUGUGGGUCCACUUUGCAGAAGAGUAUCUGAUUUGGGAAAGUCCUACCGAAUGCUGAGGUCAUUCAGACCCCUGCUCUUCCAGACAAGUGAACAUGUGGCCGAUAGUCCAGCAGUGGGGGAUGUUAUUCCAUUCAGCAUCAUUAUUCAGUUUCUGUUCACAAGAGCACCGGCUGAGCUGAAAUCCCCCUUCCAGAGGGCAGAGUGGUCCCACGCCCGCUUCUCCCAGUGGCUGGACGAUCACCCAUCGGAAAAGGACAGGCUCCUCCUCCUCAGGGGAGCCUUGGAAGCUUAUGUUCAAUCAGUGAGAAGCAGAGAAGGCAAAGAAUUUGCACCAGUUUAUCCCAUUAUGGUCCAGCUGCUUCAAAAGGCUAUGUCUACUCUUCAGUGACAUGCAGUCUCCACACACAAACCCAUCUGAACAUGGCAACGCAACUAAAGAUAAUUGAUUUUCUGUAUUUCCUAUUGAUCUUUCCUUGUUACCUCCAGUACUUCUAACUUUACAAUGUCAAAAUAGAUCACAAGCUUUAAAUUGCA